UGUCAUCUUGGUGGUGGACGCAAUGUGUGACCCAAUGAGAACGUAUACAUUGCGUCUUAGAGCCUGGCGCGUGAUGUUCGGGACUUGAUUUCGCAAUCGGAGGGUCUUGUCACUCCCCUAGCCUGCUGCCCUCAUCCGUCCGUCUACCCGUCUGUUUGCUUGUGCACUAUUCCCGGGCAAUCUCAUUGCAACGGCGUCGACGACGAGAUGGCGCAUUUGGCCCCAAACGAGGCGGAGCACUGCUGGUCCAACUAUUCAGGAGUCACCGCUACUUUUAUGCUCGACAGCGUUCCUCGAUCAGCGCUAUUCACUUCUACGCUGCAUCAUGCGGAAGCGAUUCUUCGUCCCAUUGGCAAUGGUUGCUUGCUCGCCAUCUCGACUUUGGCAAGGCUGCCAAACCUCUUGGUAUGCCGUUCUUGCCUGCAUGCUCAACACCUAACGUCAGGCACACAGACCGGAAGACAUGCAGAUAGAUACAUGAGAAAGGGCCGCUGGGCUGUCUACUACCAUCAAAGAUGUUUAAGAGCGGAAGGAAUGCCCACGAGACAGACUUGCCAUUGUCACGUCAACCCGCAGCUACCUAGGCCAGUAACCACUUUUACGACAAAAUGCCCUUUGUUUCUAGCCUUGAAGAAGCUGAGAUUGGGAGGCUGGAAACCCCCGGUCCGUCUACGUCUUCCCAGCAAGCGAAUCUGAGCGAUGGGCCAGCAGAUCCUUCAACCUUUUCGGCGUCUGCCGCUGUUGUUAUCGAGACGGAACCUGAGAGUCCACUGAAAGAGUUCUAUAGGACCAGUCGAUUUCUCAACCGUCGAAACGAAGAACGCAAACAUACCUCCGGCUUCCUGGAGCUGGCGGCUAUGUUCGAUCAAUGGUCCAAUCUGAGAUUUCACAGGGCUUACCGUAACGAGAGAUGGCAGUUGAUAUUCGACAAGCAAUGCAGGUUGGAUUGUCUGAACGACCAGCUGCGUGCCUAUGACGAGAACUUCCCCGAAGGAACAAGAAGUCUUUCGGCCAACCACAAAAGACCAGCGGGACACCCCCCAACUCCAAACAGGCGUGAGGUCAUCCUAGCAGAGAUAAAUAAGGAACUCGCUGAACACGACAGAUUAACAGCCUCGAUGAGAAUCAUGGAACAACAGCACCCGAUCCACCCAGAGCCAUUCAGAAACCUGUUCGAGCACAUAUACGGAAACGUGAUAGAUAGAGACGCUUGCGGCUCCUUCAAAAGCCCAGACGACUUCGUCAGUCCACACCCACAGGCUCCUUACUGGGUCACUGAGACGUCAAGCAGAAUAAUGAGACUUUACGCCCGCUUCUUCAAGCCCGACUCCCACACCGAAGACAACUACGUCCCCAUGGCCAUCCUGACCGUCAUCUUCAAGACCAUCCACGUCGUCGCCGCCGGCCUGCUACUUCUCAUAACAGCGGCCCUAUUGUAUCUCUGCAACUUUGACAACAGUGGCAACUUUGCCAUCAUAUGUGUGUCGACCCUCGUCUUUUGCGCCGCCAUAAGUGCAAAGUCGCAGCUGGAUAACACGAUGACGGCGCUGGCUGGGUGCGCGUAUCUGGCCUUUUGCGGGGCGUUUGCUGCUGGGGCUGGGUUUAUAUCUGCUGCCUAGUUGGGCGACAGAAACAGAUAGAAAGGAGAAAAAGAAAAGAAAAGAUGGGAAGCAAAAGAAGAUUUCCUUUGUUGAUAGGGAUACCGAUGAUCAGGAAGAGAUAGAACUUUGCCUUACACUACUCACCUUCUCUUGUCGUUUUCAUAUGUUUGUUUCGAUUUUUUUUUUCUUGUGUCAUAUAUACUAUAUUUUUCUCUUCUGCCUUUUUCUUUAGCAUUUAUAUCAACUUAGGUAUGCCAAGGGUAAAAUCUCCUUACAGAUUGGAUGCGGUUGUUACACGCACACACCUUGUUUUUUCUUUAUCUCUUUUGUGUUAUGUGUGGCCUGAACUUGUGUAGAGGAAGGGUGGGGUUGGACGAAAGACAAGUGCCUAUGCAUACGGUACCUUAUAGACAACAGCAAAGCGCCACUUCAAUCUGUUACACAAAUCUUGAUGCAAGGUAGAGGAGGCUGUGGAAUUCAUCGAGCUGUAAAGGCUGAAGGAAACAAGGUAUUGGGGUGAAGCGGCCAUUGGGAGAGGCUGAACCUGGAAGCGAGGGAUGAUGACAAGGCUGGGUGGAUCGGGAGGGUGGGACAAAACAUGCGUUUAUAUCUGCAGAAAAGCAAAAGGGGUUUUGUUUACUCACUUUGUUGUUAGGGGGAACAUGACAUGUCGUCAAGAGUGGAGACUGCUGCCUGGGUACUUGGGUUUUGACGCGCCGUGGGGGGAUGGUGAAUUUCCAAUUCCCAUCUUAAGCUUGCAUGGCUGGGAUCUUUGGUUCACUUGGGCCCCAGUUUUUUAUUUUUGGUUUUUCUUGCUCUGGGAUGCAAGGACAAGGGGUCUUAUCUUUUGGGUUGAGGCCUCCUUGUGGUUGGGCACGGGAGUUGAGUUAUGAAGAGAUGGGGAGGAUAAGAGAGGAGGGUGUGUACUGAGUUGGUGUGGUGGUGCGGUAGCUGAUCUGGUCGGUGAUAUUGAGAUUUGCUGAGAAGGUGCACAACCUGAGGCAUGUUGAUGGUGAUAGCGCAAAAUGAGGGAAGACUCGAUGCAUUGGAGGUGGUUGAGUGGUAGAUAAGAAGCGUUGGAUGCAGGAGGGAGCGGUGUACACAGAUGGAUUGGUGCAUAUGUCACCGGUAGUUGAACCUGACGAAUACCAGGUACAUCAAUGGCGCGAAAGGUGCAUGAACGGUGACUGAAGACAAGAAGCCAGAAGAAGUAUUAAGGAUUCUAGAAGAAUCGACAAAUUUACCUGUGGCUGGGGAAAAUCUGCUAU